GCAGCUGGGGGGGGGAACAGCGAGCUGCGCAGAGGAGCGGCUGCUGCCCAUCGUGUCUCCUCUGCUGACCCGACCCAGCCAUGACCGGGACCAUGGAGAGACUCAGCGUGUUGGAUCAACUUCUUCCAGAGCUUACUGUACUACUCAAGUUGUUGGACCAUGAAUACUUGAGCUCUACCACGAUGGAGAAGAAAACAGCGGUCUCAAACAUCUUGCAGAAACUGCAGGCUCCUGCAGGGAAGGAAGUAAAUUACAUGUAUGUGAAUACAACAACCUUAAACAAUGGCACUAGCUUUGUGGAGUCACUUUUUGAAGAAUUUGACUGUGAUCUGCGUGACCUUCAGGAUAUGCCAGAGGAUGAUGGAGAUGCUAAAGAAGGCAUCAACUUGAAGCUUUCCAGGAGUCAGUCAGCUAAAAAUGUUUCUGGAGAGCCACCUCCACCACUGCCCACCACCCCUCCCCCCGAAGAUUACUAUGAGGAAGCACUGCCCCUGGGCCCAGGCAAAGCCCCUGAAUACAUCACCUCCCACAAUAGUUCCAGCCCUCCCAACUCAGUAGAGGAUGGAUAUUACGAAGAUGCAGAUAGCAACUACCCUGUCACCCGGAUGAAUGGAGAACAGAAGAACUCUUACAAUGACUCCGAUGCCAUGAGCAGCUCCUAUGAGUCUUAUGAUGAAGAGGAGGAGGAUGGGAAAGGCCAGAGGCUAACACAUCAAUGGCCAUCAGAGGAAGCUUCAAUGAACCUGGUGAAGGACUGCAGGAUAUGUGCUUUCCUGUUGCGCAAGAAGCGCUUUGGGCAAUGGGCCAAGCAGCUGACUGUCAUCAAGGACAACAAACUCCUAUGUUAUAAAAGUUCCAAGCAUAGACAGCCACACCUGGAGGUGCCCCUAAGUGUUUGCAACGUUGUCUACGUGCCGAAGGAUGGACGCCGCAAAAAGCAUGAGCUGCGCUUCUCAUUACCAGGAGCUGAAGCUCUUGUAUUAGCUGUACAAAGCAAAGAGCAGGCUGAAGAGUGGUUGAAGGUGAUAAAAGAAGUCAGCAAUUCUAAUGGAGGUGGACUAAAUGGAACAGAAAUCCCUACGUCUCCUGUACUCACAUGCAAGGCGGACCAUGACAAGAGGUCAUCUCAGGAGAAGCAAACGUCUGACUCUGACAGUGUAGCAACCACAGAGAACAGCUCUUCCAUGGCUCGGAGGGAAGCCCAUGAGCAGGGGAAAGGCAAGAAGAGUGGCUUAGCCGAAUUAAAGGGCUCUGUAAGUCGAGCAGCUGGAAGAAAAAUCACCAGGAUAAUUAGCUUUUCCAAGAAGAAGCCAUCCCCUGAGGAUACCCAAACAUCCUCUACAGAGGAGGACAUCCCAUGCUGUGGUUACUUGAAUGUUCUGGUUAACCAGUGCUGGAAAGAACGCUGGUGCCGUUUAAAAGGCAACAUGCUUUAUUUCCACAAGGAUCGCACUGACUUAAGAACACAUGUGAAUGUCAUUGUCCUACGGGGUUGUGAGGUAGCACCAGGACUGGGCCCCAAGCAUCCCUUUGCUUUCCGCAUCCUUCGCAGUGGGCAAGAAGUUUCUGCCCUGGAGGCCAGCAGUUAUGAAGAUCUGGGACGCUGGCUUGGGCUCCUCCUUGUUGAAACUGGUUCCCAGACAACUCCAGAGGCCUUGCAUUACGACUAUGUGGAUGUGGAGAAAAUAGCCAACAUAAUCAAUGCAGUGAGACACUCUUACCUGUGGGCCAGUUCCUCCCUUGAGAAUCAAACAGAUGCUUCCCGAGUGUUAUAUGAUGAAGUCCCAUAUGAGAAAGUGGAGUUGGAAAAGUCAGGAUGGACAUCAGGCUCCCAGGUGAAGCGCCAUGGCUCCUCCUGCAGUGAGAAAUCACGCCGUGUGGAUCCACAAGUCAAAGUCAAGCGUCACGCAUCAAAUGCCAAUCAGUACAGGUAUGGCAAAAACAGGGCUGAGGAAGAUGCCAGGAGGUUCCUGACAGAGAAGGACAAACUAGAGAAGGAGAAGGCCUCCAUCCGGAGUGACCUGGUGACGCUGCGCAAGGAAAAGCGAGAGCUCCGAGAGGCCAUGAAGAAUAGCACAGGGAAAGACCUGAAAGAGCUGGAGCAUCGUGUUGCUGCCCUGGAGGAACAGUGCAAAGCGAAUGAAGCACGGCGUGUUGACUUGGAACUCAAGCUGACGGAGGUGAAAGACAGGCUGAAGCAGUCACUGGCAGGAGGGCCAGCUCUGGGGCUGACUGUUACCACCAAAACUGAAAGCAAAGAGACUAUAACCCAGCCAAAUGGAAACCACCCAGAUCAUUUGGUGCCAGUUAAUUGUGCAGCAGAAAUGAGGAAACGAAGUCCUUCCCUCCUCCCUGCCAACAAGGGGAAUGUGCUGCAGAAGGCCAAGGAAUGGGAAAUGAAGAAAACAUAAAUAAGGGUCACUGAGCCUGCAUCACCAAGGAAACCUCCUUUCAAGCAUUGGGACACAUUUGAGAAAGGCUAAAGCAGUUCCAGGGCCUUUCAUCCCUCACGGAGACUACAAAAAGGCUGCUGGGGAACUUGGUUCUUCAGUAGGGAAGCUCACCCACCCUCCAGUGGAAACAAGGAUUAACAAGAUGGGCUUUUGAGAACUGGUGUGGGUAAUGGGGGGGGCAGUUUGGGAGGCAGGGUGGGAAAGGGAAUCCUUUCAAGGAUCUUUUUAAAAAAAAUGUGUGUUCUCAAAAUACUCCUCUUUGAAUGGCCAAGAAGGAGCACUUCAAAUAGGUCUGGCAUGCCAGCUAUCUGGAUGGAUGCAUUCUGUUCUUGGUAAUAAAGCAACAGCAAUGUGGCUGUUUUGGCCUGGUGGGGAGAUAUGAUGAGAUUGUUCGGAGUCCUCAUUCAGUCAAUUCGGCCAUAGACCUUGGGCAAGUCCCUUUAACUUUCUCACUGCAAUUCCUCUCACAUUUGAACCCAGGAGAGCAUUUUUCAUCUCAAGGAAAUGAGGCAUGACACAGAAGUGCCUUGCAAUCAGUCCUCUCAGAGGAUGCUAUUUACAGCCACUGAGCCUGUUUCGCUGUCCUGCUUCCUGCCAAACUAGAUCAGGGCAGCUAGAGCAAAGCAAGACUGUCGACAGACCAGAGACAGUGACACAGCAAGUGCCCAACAGGAAGAAGCCUUUGACAACACUGAGUCAGGUUUUAAAGCUCAGGUGGGCCAGUACUGACCUGUAGUAGGAGUACUCUUGUCAGCUUUCAUAGUAGCACUCAAGCUGCCUUGUGAGGUUUAUAAUUAAUGUGUUUAAGUAAGAUCAAUAUAAACCGAAGGUCAUGAAGUAUUUUUUUUUCUUUGAGGACAGUCUAAAUGUUUUUCUGCCUAGCUGCUGUAAUGGUCCAUUUGCCCACCUCUUCAUAGCUGCACAGCAGACUUGGAAUACAUGAGAGAAGAGGGAGAACAAAUGAAUUGAUAUCUCGAAAGAACCCAUUUCUGUAAAAUGUUUUCCAGCACCAGAACUGUUUUUAAAAAGAGCGCUCUCUCUGGUCAACUGAAGUACUGCCGAAGGCUUUCUCCUCUACAAAGCAGCUGCCCGAAGACAAUAUGUGCACUCACUUAAAAAUACUAUGCUGCCACUUUUUAAAAAACAAAAUUCUCUCUGAUGGAAGAGAGGGUUAGGAAACAGAUUUUUGUAAUGUAGAGUCCAGCGCCUCUGAUCAGUUUCAGGCUUGCUGAAUCCAUGGAAUGUGAAAAGAACUAAAACCUGAGAGAGGCCUGGAAAGAAGGCCAAAGCAGUCAGCCUUCUGCUGUGUCAUUCCAACAAACCAGAAGCUGUAGUGACCUACUUUUUGUUAUAGGGGGAGGUGGGUGGGAUGCUUGUCUCUUUCUGGAUUCAUAUUGUGGCAUACAUUUUGCUAUUUAAGAAUUGUCUGCACUUUACAAUCUGGAUCCUCUCCU